GAUUUUAGUUUUCAAAAUCCGACAGAGAAAGAGACAGACAAAGAAAAGACCAGAACAGAGCUUUCAUCUAGUCUAGUUUGAAAAAUGAUGUCAUUCUUCUUCUUCUUCUGACACUCUUUACCACAAAGAAAAAGACAAACACUUUCGUUCUCUUUUUUUUUUUUUUUAAAGUUGGCGGUGACAAAUGGAGAGAAGAAACGAACCGAUGGUUAUAAAGAGAUCGAAGUGGCAGUACCCACAAGUGGGCCUUCCUACGCCGAGGAUUCUUCAGCUGCCACGUAGGCAAAGUGUACGACGAAGUUCCACAAAAGGUAAGACAACGACACCUUCUUCUUCUUCUUCCUACUCUCAGAAGGAUCAGAGGGUGAGGUUGGAGGCUCUGUUUCACCAAGAGAGGUCUUUCGAUCGAGGAGGGGGACCUGUUUUGAUGGAGGAGGGAAGAAGAAGAGAGAAAGUUGCAGAAGGGAGAGAGAUUGGUAGGUCUUUGUCGUCUUCUAAUGAAGUAGAUGAAGCUAAGUGGAGGUUUCAGACGGAGAUGUUGAGAUCAGAGUGUAACUUGUUAAGGAUUGAAAAGGAAAUUGCUAUGAAGAAGAUGGAGAGGAGGAAGAAGCGAAUGGAGAAAACGCUUAGAUCUGCUGUUCAUACUCUUCUCUCUGGGAGACAGAGGAUCUCAGAAGGGAAGAAAGAGAGCAAGGUUUUGGAAGAUGAGAUAAGCUAUUUGAUUGAGAAACUAAAUGAGUUAAAGUCUCCAAAGGUGAAUAAAGACAUGGAAGAAGCUAGAAACUUCAGACAUAACUUUGACAAGCAAGCUUCUGUUUUAAGAAGAGAGCUUGAGAAGUUUGACGAAGGAGAGGUUUGUGUUAAAGGGAUUCAGAAAAUGGCAGAAGCUACCUUCUUGGUCAAUAACAAUAAUGACAAUAUAGAUAGAUUGAGUAGUAAAAUGGAGGCGUUGUCGAUUCUCUCCAAAACCAUUGAUAUUCAAGAUGUGUCUGUACAAGACAAGUAUACUAAGAAAGACUGUUCUAGACACUGCAAAGCUGUUAUGAGAAAGAUCGCGGAUCAAGUAAGAGCAGAAGCUGAGCAAUGGUCACAAAUGCAAGACAUGUUGAGUCAAGUGAGGAAUGAAAUGGAGGAACUUCAGUCAUGUCGUGAUUUCUGGCAAAACCGCGCUCUGGAAUCAGAUUCUCAGAUACAGAAUCUACAUUCCUCAGUUGAAGGUUGGAGAAGAAAAGCGUUAUCAUCAGAAGCAAAAUUGAGAAACAUACAAGCAGAAGUUAGCGGGUUACAAGAUGAGAUAAAAAAACUGAGGAAUGAAGGUAAUAAGGUAGAACCAGAGAAGAACAAGUUGCCAACAGAGUCAGAGAAGAGAGUUUUGAUUUGUAGGUUGAAAGAAAACCGACAUAGCAACAAUGGAGAUUGGUCUAAGUACAGUGACGGAAGAACAACAAAACCGUCAUCCUCAAGACCACCUUUAAGAGAGAUUAAGAAUGGUUCUGUGGCAGCGACAAGGCAAAGAAACACUAAAAUAAUGAGCAGCGAAGAAGAGAAGACGGUGUGUGUUACAGGAGCUUCAGGUUACAUUGCUUCUUGGAUCGUCAAGCUUCUCCUUCUCCGUGGCUACACCGUUAAAGCCUCUGUUCGUGAUCCAAAUGAUCCGAGGAAAACAGAGCAUUUGCUUGCACUAGAAGGUGCAGAGGAGAGGCUCCAAUUGUUCAAAGCAAACUUGUUAGAAGAAGGCUCUUUCGAUUCAGCAAUCGAUGGUUGCCAAGGAGCUGAGUUACUUGAUCCAGCGGUGAAAGGAACAAUCAAUGUUCUAAGCACUUGUUUGAAGACUCCCUCCGUUAAGAGGGUCGUCUUAACCUCAUCUAUAGCAGCUGUUGCUUUCAAUGGCAUGCCUCGAACACCUGAUACCAUUGUUGAUGAAACUUGGUUUGCCGAUCCUGAAUAUUGCAGAGCUGCCAAGCUGUGGUAUGUACUCUCCAAGACAUUAGCCGAAAACGCAGCGUGGAAGUUCGCGAAAGAGAACAAUAUGCAGCUAGUUUCGAUAAAUGCAGCGAUGGUGAUUGGUCCUCUUUUACAGCCAACGCUUAACACUAGUGCUGCUGCAGUACUAAGCUUGAUCAAAGGAGCACAGACGUUUCCUAAUGCCACAUUUGGGUGGGUCAACGUUAAAGAUGUAGCCAACGCUCAUAUUCAAGCGUUUGAGAAUCCAGAUGCUAAUGGAAGAUACUGUUUAGUGGAGAGGGUUGCUCACUACUCUGAGGUUGUUAACAUUUUGCAUGAUCUUUACCCUGAUUUUCAACUCCCUGAGAAGUGUGCAGAUGAAAAGAUAUUUAUUCCAACCUACAAAGUGUCUAAAGAGAAAGCAGAGUCUCUUGGGGUUGAGUUUGUGCCAUUGGAGGUUAGCAUAAAGGAGACUGUUGAGAGUUUGCAAGACAAAGGCUUCAUCAGAUUCUGA